GUCACAGCCGUUGGCGACCUGCUCGGCCCAACAAUCUCUGGACUGGAACGUUUGCUGCAGAUUCCAACAGGCUGUGGUGAGCAGAACAUGAUCACACUUGCGCCGAAUGUCUACGUGGCUAAGUAUCUCUUGGCCACUGCCAAGAUGAAGCCAGAUUUGCGCCAGAGAGUGGUCAACAACAUGGUGGUAGGGUACGGGCGACAGCUGACCUACCGGCAU